AUUGUCCUCCAAAAAUGCUCCUACUUAUACUCAAGUGUUUGGGAGACUUUGGGCCAGCGAAAUCCUUCGAGACAUGGCACCAAUAGGAUGAAAAUAUCUAUUGUGGGUGCGGCUCUCCGGAUCUCCGGAGCCCGACAACUUCUCACAUGAAGCCCUUGACCUCGCAUGCCAGCAUUACUGGAUAUCCGGAUGUAGCCUGAGGUGAGUUGUGACGUAUCGGUUGGCAUGGGGUGCUUAAAAGCCAUUUGGAUGUACUGUGACUUAUGAUGAGUUCCCUCCAAUCCUUCCUUGCGCUCAUCCCACUACAGCUUCCUGACCUGCGCAUAUGUAACAACACACAGCUGCUCCUCAGUGCUGCGGCUUUUCUUGGUGUUAUAGGAUUAAUUACUCGGGCCUACUGUUUUGAAUCAGCGAGCAACCUUCCUCUCCCAUCUUCCCCCUCCACUUGGAGACUCGGGGGACACAUCCUUCCACAUCGCAAACCAUUUCUCAUCGUGGCGAGAUGGAUUAACGAGUACGGUCCCGUGAUCACCAUUCGAUCAAGAUUCAAGAAGAUUGUUUACAUCGGGCGUUACAAAGCCGCCGUGGAUAUUAUGGAGCGUCAGGGCAAAUUGGUAGCCGAUCGUCCUCCCAUGAUUUCUGCGGAGAUAUCUGGCGGCAGAAUGAGCUUCGGAAAUGCACCCUUUGGGGACAGGUUACAUCGGAUGCGUAGGUCAGUAGUCCACGAUACUUCCCCUCAUUUAUCCUACUUUUUAACGUGUUGCAGAGCACUUCAUUCGUAUCUCCAGCCUAAAGCAGCUAAGGCCUAUCAGCCCCUGCAGAUGUCGCACGCGAAGAACAUAGUUGUUGGCAUUCUCGACGAUCCACAUAACCUCCAGCGCCAUGUGAUAACUUAUGCUGCAACUACAAUUAUGAAAAUUGCGUACGGGAAGAAUACACUGACGUCUGCGACUGAUCCCAAAAUCCUUGAAGUUAAUCAACUCGUUAAGACGAGUCGUGCAGUUCAGCACCAUGAUGUUUACCUGGUGGAUUCAAUCCCAUGGCUCAAGUAUCUUCCUUGGUAUGGCCGGGACUUGAAGCUGAGGUUUGAGAGGAGCAAGAAACUCCACACUGGUGAUCUAAACCGUGUGAAAGAGCAAAUGCAUAAUGACGAGGACAUCGGCCCUUCGUUCACGAAAUAUAUGCUAGAAAAUAGCCAUCUCUAUGGUUUCACAGAGACUGAGAUAGCCUUUCUUGCUGGUAGCUUUCUGAAAGCUGGAUCACACACGACCUCUAACACCAUAUGCACGGUGCUCAUGGCAGCCGCAUGUUUCCCUGAAGAGCAAGCUAAAGUUCAGGCUGAGCUCGAUGCGGUCAUCGGAAGGCACCGAGCACCGACCUUCGCCGACCAAAAAUCCCUUCCUCGCCUGCAAGCAUUCAUCUCUGAGGCUUUAAGAUGGAGACCCCCAGUUCCCGAUGGAUUGGCUCACCAUACAAUCAAAGACGUAAUUUGGGAAAACUAUUGUAUUCCAGCUGGGACCACGGUGUACGGCAACAUUUGGUCCAUCUGUCGAGAUCCAGAUGUCUUCCCGGAGCCUGACGCGUUCAAACCUCAGCGCUGGAUUGAUGACCAAGGUAGCCUGAGAGACGAUAUAAAAUUGUUUGUCUUCGGGUUUGGUCGGCGCGUAUGCCCUGGUCAACAUGUCGCGAGCAGAUCGGUGUUCAUAACUGCUCUCCUUACUCUUUGGGCUUUCAAGCUCACUCUGGAUCCUACGAAGCCAUUAGAGGACAUGGGUUUCAUGGGCGGGUCAAUGCUAGAAAACCGGCCAGUGCGAAUUUGAGUUUGAGAAGAGGAUUCCGGAAAUGGAGCUCAGGCGCAUGAUACAGGAUUAUCCUGAAGUUACAUGAGAGAUUUUGACUCAUGUCUGCAUGGGUCAGAGAGAGAGCGAAGAAACAGUCUCCAAUGAAUCAAUAUUGAUGCAUCCCUCCAGGACUCGCAGCGUUUUCAUUU